UCAGAAAAUGUUUGUCAUAUCUGGUUUUCUGUUGAUGAUCACAGUGGGCUGUUGUGCAACUGAUCAGAAGUUUGAGAUAAAAUCUGUUGUUACUCAACAAAAUGUGACUUUUACGUGUCCUCGUCCAUUUGAAUCCCAAGAAAAGGUGUAUUGGAUCAGAAUCAUUUCUGGUCACCAGCCUGAAUUCUUGGGAGGAACACUUGGCUAUAAUUCAACUGAAGUUAAUCAAACGCCGCAUUUUACAACCAAACAAGGACCUGGAACUUUUAUUCUGAACAUUCAUCAAACUCAGAUCAACGACACUGGACUUUACUACUGCAUCCAGACCAGCUGGACUGACAUGAUCUUUUUGAGAGGAGUGUUUCUCACAGUUCAAGGACCCCAAUCUUCCAUCUCUGGCAUCUUUCAAGCUCCUCCGUCUGCUGCGGUCCAUCCAGGAGAGUCGGUGUCUCUGCAGUGUUCGGUCCUCUCUGACUCUGAGAAGAAAACAUGCUCAGAAGAUUACAGAGUUCACUGGUUCAGAGCAGGAUCAGAACAAUCUCAUCCCAGUUUCAUUUAUACUCAUGCAGACAAUGCAGAGUGUGGAAACUCUUCACAGAAAUGUUUCUAUAGCUUCUCUAAGAAGGUCAGUGUCUCUGAUGCUGGUACUUAUUACUGUGCUGUGGCUGCAUGUGGAGAGGUCAUGUUUGGAAAUGGAGCAAAACUGGACAUUAAAGAUCGCAACGGGAGAACUUUGACUAACACAGAAAUAGCUCUUUGGAUUGUCUGUGUUGCUUUGGCUAUAAGUGUGACUCUUUCAGUCUAUCUCAUCUGGACCAUCAAGAAGAUUGAUUGCAAAAGUGAUGCUGAACCAGCCAGCAGUGAUCAACAGACAGAUGAAGCUGUUUUGACCUAUUCUGCACCAACCUUCAGCAGGAGAAAAGUCACCAAAUCAGAAAGAGGAAACACACACUCAGUUCAGGAAGAGACGAUCUACACUGACAUGCUUGUUCACCACUGAUAAAGAAUUAUACUCUCAAUCUGCUAAACAAUUUUUUUUUACUUUUCCAAGCUGAUAUUCCUGCUUCAUGUCUACAUUUCUUCCCAUUUUUUAAAUUUUCAUCUUAAGUAUCUUUGUCAGAGAAAGGUGCUUUGACUGAACUGAACUCCCAGUACACUUGAAAGUAAUUAAUAGUUUGACAAGUUUCAAUGGACAGCACAAAGUGAAAUGUAAAGCAGAGUAAACUUCAGUAAUAAUGCAAACCCUGAUACAUUUACUUGUAUUUAAGUAACAAUUAUGAAAUGUUGCAUGGCUGUAUGUAAAUUCUCAGUUCUCCAGGAGUAACCAGUGGUUUAAGUCUGCUGAUUUGCAGCGGUACGGAGUUCUGGGACUUCUAAGAAUGUCAUCUGAGCAUCCUGUCACUUCUCCAAACACCAAGAGCGAAACAAUACGCUCACCAGCCUUCACCAUGCCGAGUGCAUGUUCACUACUUUAUCUUGCAGAGACUUCAUUACUCAUACUGCCUUGAGCUUCACGAGAGAAGUGCUCAUGGGUCGUUCAAGCUGUCUGCGGUAAACAUGAGUCCACCAAAAUUGUGUGUGGGGUUCAUGCUGCAUGGUGACAGGAGGGCCUUAAUCGAGUGGAGUUUGUGCUGAUUAACCUGAACAGUGCAGGCUCUGUCUGACUCCACCCAGCUGCCCUCAAACACAUAUACAAAAUAAUAAAGCUCUUUUGUUGUAUGUGGUCUGCUCGCUGCUGGAGAGGUAAAGUUCAGUCAGUAUUGUUGUUGCAAUGACUUUUUCAGAAAUUGACCUUUUUUUUUUUUAAGACGAUUGACUCAUGCAAAAGACAAUACCAGCACCUUUUUUAAAAAACUUCAAGCACUGGAUCAAACUAAACCUGCAGAAGGUUUGGAACAACAAUGUAUGAAUAUUAUUGAAUUGAAUCCAUUUGAAUAAUAUCCUGCUGAGUUUGUUGUUGUCAUGAUGUUCAUGUUAUGUACGAAAAAAAAAUUCUAUUCGACUUGAAAAUGCCUUCCUGUAUUGUUUUAUUCAUUUACAAUGUUUUACUUUUUAUGCUGAACUUGUCCAACACUUCAAAUCAAUGUAAACAGAUGUAUACCUUAUUACCUCCGCCAAGGAGGUUAUGUAAUCACGUCGGUUUGUUGGGUGGUUG